AUGAGUAAAAUCAAAGAAGGUCUUGCAAGCCUUCGAAAUGGAUUUCGAGAAACCCUCCCGGUCCACCACAGUGGCCAUGACGACCAGCCCAGAGGUGGCCCGCAGGACAAAGUGGAGGCCAAGAUCGAGGAGUCAGAAGACUGGCAGGACGACGAUGUUGCCGGAAGCGACAAGGACGAUUCGAUGCGGAGUGGUCAAGCUAAGCCGCUCGAAGACUUCUUGAACCCUGAUGACCCGCCCAGAAUUCGGAGUCGCUACGGCAAACUUGACCUCGUCCAGUCUCGAGAGGGCCAAGGGGAACAUGAAGGAUGGGUGAACAUGCCGUCAAUCGGUGCAAGAUCCGAGGGCCAAGUUGUCGUCUUCCGUGCUCGUGUUCACGCACUCCGGCGCAUCAGUUCAGGCCUUGUUUUUAUCAUCUUUCGUGAUCACCUGACAACCAUACAAGGAGUGCUCAGCAUCAAGGAAGGGGAGAUCUCAGAAUCCAUGGUGAGAUGGGCAGAGCACCUCCGUUCAGGCUCCAUUGUCAUCGUCAAGGGCAAGGUGCAGACUUCAGAGCAGGAGGUCAAGUCAACGUCGAUUCAAGACGUCGAAGUUCACAUUCAUGAGCUACAUGUGGUCGCAGCACGCGCGGGUGCCGUUCCCUUCAGCGUGUACGAGGCUGAAUCCGCGCCUGAGGGUCACACCAUCGCCGAUAGAGUGCGCUUUGCUAACCGAAUUCUGGAUUUACGGACCCCAACUUCUCAAGCCAUCUUCCGUCUACAGUCUGCAGUCUGCAGAGCAUUCCGAGAAUUUCUCGACGAUAAAGCCUUCCUUGAGAUUCACACACCCAAGCUGCAAGGAGGAGCAACCGAAGGUGGUUCCGAAGUCUUCAAGCUCGACUAUUUUGGCCGACCUGCCUUCCUUGCUCAAAGUCCCCAGUUGGCAAAGCAGAUGUGUAUCUCAGCCGACUUUGGCAGGGUCUAUGAAAUUGGUCCUGUCUUCCGAGCCGAAAACUCAAACACACCGAGACAUAUGACCGAGUACACUGGUCUAGAUCUGGAGAUGGCAAUUGACUGGCACUACCAUGAAGCCAUGUGGCUUAUUGAUUCCACGUUGAAGCACAUCUUCAAGGCACUCUACAGCAAAUAUCGGAAAGAGGUCCAGGCGAUAAAACACCACUUCCCACAAGAAGACCUUGUUUGGCACGAAGAAACCACAAGAAUCACAUUCGCCGAGGGUGCCAAAAUGCUCAAUGAGUCAGGUUGGCAGAAUGAGGAUGGAAGUCAGCAGUCCGAGUACGAAGACCUGUCCACCAAGGCCGAAAAGCGGCUCGGCGAAUUGGUCAAGGAGAAAUACCACACAGACUACUACAUUCUCGACAAGUUUCCCGCAUCAGCCAGACCAUUUUACACCAUGCUUGAUCCUCAAGACCCCAAGGUCACGAACUCAUUCGACUUCAUGGUUAGAGGACAGGAGAUUCUCUCGGGCGGACAGCGUAUACACGAUGCAGAGCUUUUGAUCCAGCAAAUCCAAGAGUCUGGCACGGACCCUGCCACACUAAAAGAGUACAUUGAAGGAUUCCAGUGGGCAGCCCCUCCACAUGCUGGAGCAGGCAUCGGCUUGGAACGACUCGUUUCCCUCAUCUUUGAGCUCGGCAACCUUCGGUAUGGCACUCUGUUUCCGCGCGAUCCGAAGUCCUUCCCCUCGGACCCCAAUGCCUCUGACCUCCGACAUCCCGAAGACGCAACACUUCAGCGACCCAAAGGCCAUCUUCAACCUCUUGAAAAUCUCGUCGCCAACUACGGGGACUCAACCAACACAUCUUGGUUCGAUAAGCGCUUCCAGAUCUGGCGUGACUCAACCACCGGUGCGGCAGUCGCGUAUGUUCCCUCCCAUCACCGCGCCAUUCUCCCCGGCAACCCCCUCUGCGCUCCACACCAACUCGAAGAUGUCAUCAGCGCCUUCCUACGCUGGCUCAAGGUGGAAACGAGCAUGAAGCCGAUCUUCGUCCUCGUCUCCAAAGACGUCGAAAAAGUCGUUGGCGAGAAGUUCGGUUGGAAGAGUUUCACCAACGUCGCCGAGCAGCGUGUCAAUCUCGCAAGCAACGAGCACCUCAAUCUGGACACCGAAGUCCAGAGAAAAAUCCGACACGCGCAGAAAGACACCGUCAAAGUGACCAGUUACGGCAACGACGUUCCCGAAGACGUGCGCAAGAAAUGCGACGAGGCAAUCAAGAAGUGGCAAGACAGCAGGGAGGGCGCGCAAGUGCAUCUCUCGGAACUCUCGCCUUGGACAGACUCGACGCAUCGACAGUACUUUAUCGCACAAGACCGCGACGGCAAAGUCCACGCCAUGGUCGUCACCGCCCAACUCGCGCCCCGCUACGGCGCGCAGCUCAAAUGGGCCUUUGACUUCCCCGAGGCCACCAACGGCGCCAUCGAACAUACCGUGCAAACGGCCCUGAAAUCGCUGGCAGAUGCCGGCAUCAAGUCCUGUACCUUUGGGUCCGGCGCCGCGAGUGAUCUGGCCGGCGGACAGCAUCUGGGUGUCGCGCGAGCGACCAUGCUGAACAGCGUGUACCAGGCAUACGCGGCGAAAUUCCACGUCGACCGCAAAGCCGCGUUCCGAACAAAGUUCAACACGCAGGGCGAUCCGUUGUAUUUCUGCUAUCCCCGCGGCGGCAUGGGCCAGAAGGGUAUCAGGGCUAUCGUGGACUUUUUCAAGGAGUGA